AUGGGCCUGUUGUCAUGGCUGUUGCCGAGCACCGAAGUCUCAUUAGUCCACUGCGAGCAGAACCAGCUCCUGUUGCAGAAGAAAAAAUCAGACUCAAAAGACGAUAAAGAGAAACAAGAGCAGGUCAAGUUGAUCGACCUCUGCCGACAAGCGACGCCGCCAACAUGCAAUCUCAAUCCGUUGCUGUUCAACGGACACCUGCAAACCGGCUGGACCACCAUCAAAGAGAACGUGGAAAUUCCGAUUUACUACAAACGCAAAAUUUUCGAGCAGGAUGACCCGUCGUUUCCCGGCCAGUUUGCUGUUGAUUUUGUCGUGCCUCCAUAUGCAACGCCUGUGGAUGACGACGAGGCGAGCGACAAGGCCCGUAAAUACACUCUCCCAUCGGGCCUGCCUACGCGAACAGCCAUGUUCACCAAGAACGAGCUCAGCUCGCUUCCAUCUGAGGAUACCAGACCAAUGCUGAUUGCCAUUCACGGCCUGAGUGGCGGGUCCCACGAGGUCUAUCUCAGAUCAGCCUUAGCUCCCUUGGUCCUAGGCGACAAGGGAUGGGAGGCCUGUGUAAUCAACUCGCGAGGCUGUGCGCAGACCAAGAUCAGCACGCCUGUAUUGUUCAAUGCCCGAGCAACAUGGGAUGUUCGCUGUUUGGUGAAGUGGCUGCGCAAGAACUUUCCGAACCGUCCGUUGUUCGGCAUUGGCUUUUCGCUCGGUGCCAAUAUACUGAUCAAUUACCUGGGCGAAGAAGGCGAAAACUGCCAGCUCAAGGCGGCCGUGGCCUGCGCCAACCCAUGGAACUUGGAACUGACAAACCAUCUUCUGAAAAGCACCUGGAUAGGCUCCGAGAUAUACUCGGCGUAUCUGGGCUCAAGUCUCUCCGGUCUUUUUAAAGAUCAUGUGGAGCAGCUGGAACAACACCCGGGCUUGAGUUUAGAAGCAGUCAACGGAAUCAAGUAUAUCUACGAGUUUGAUAGACUUGUGCAAUGCGCUCUAUGGGGCUAUCCCACUGAAGGCGCCUAUUAUCGCGAUGCCUCAUCUAUAGAUUCAUUACUAUCAAUAAAGAUUCCAUUUUUAGCAAUCAACGCUGAAGAUGACCCGAUCUCCGCCAAACAAGCCAUACCGUACGGUGAAUUCCAACAGACUCCCUACGGAGUCUUGCUAGCCACGUCUUGGGGAGGCCAUCUGGGCUAUUUUGAGACAGGUGGUUCUCGUUGGUUUGCCAAGCCGGCAUCGAAUUUCCUCGACUUGAUGGCAACAGAGAUCGAUCUCACCGUUGCUCCAGUUGAAAGCAAACACGAUGAAAAGUCCGAGGACGUCAGCACCAGUGUGCAGAAAACUCCCGAUCGAUACAGCUUCCAACCCAUGCGCCGUAGAUGGUUCCGAAGUGAAGAGUAA